AUGUUCGGCAGCUCUUCCGCGCCUGGAAAGGACAUCAAGGAAGACGAGGCGGCUGUCGAUGCCAAUGCCCCCAAUGAUGCGCGUAAGGCGCCCCCCAUCGACAUCCCCAGCGAUGCCAACACCGCCGGCGAGAAACGCACCAGCACUGCGGGCAGCCCUUCCAACGGCAAGCCGAGCGAGGAUGCCGGCCAGAACAUUGAGAAAAAGCGACGGAGCAGCGGUGUCUCACGCGCGAGGGACAUGCUCAACAGCGCGAAGCAAUCGCUGCAUCUGCAGAGCUCGUCGCCCACCUCGUCCAAUAUCGAAAAAGCCGCGCAAACCCCAAUCCAGAAGCUGAGCAAGACUGAUCCGGCGCUGGGCGUGCCUCAAGGGUCGCAGAACAACUCCGCUGGCGACUCGCUACCCGGCCCGCACUCGACUUUCCGCGUGGGUGUCACGGAGGACAAGAACAAGAAAUGCCGGAGAACCAUGGAAGACACCCAUGCAUACCUCUACAACUUCCUGAGCACGCCGCAGCCUUCGCUCGAUCACUCGAAGCGCAAGGGCUCUAGCUCCACGCAGGAUUCCAAGCCAAGCCUGUCUGACAUCUCAGAACAGCCGGUGCUGGAAACGGACAAUGGCUAUUUCGCCAUCUUCGACGGUCACGCGGGCACUUUCGCAGCGGACUGGUGUGGAAAGAAGCUGCAUUUGCUUCUCGAAGACGCUAUUCGGAGGCAGCCCAACACGCCGAUCCCCGAGCUGCUGGAUCAGACCUUCACUAGCGUCGAUCAGCAAUUGGAAAAACUGCCCCUGAAGAACAGCGGCUGCACGGCUGUCAUUGCCGUGUUGAGGUGGGAGGACAGGGUACCGAAUUCCAAUUCGGCCACCGGCUCGACGUCAAUCGCACCGCUGGCCGCCGCUGCAUCUUCUCGGGCCACGCAAGAAGGAAAUGCGGAUGUCACCGCUGCCGCGGAUCCUUCUGGAGCGAACCCAGAUGCGAACCCUGCCGUUCCAGCUCCGAUUGAGCCCGGUGACCCUUCUGCCACCGAGGCCAAGCUCAGAGAAUACGCUACCCGCCAGCGUGUGCUGUACACGGCCAACGUUGGCGAUGCUCGCAUCGUCCUGUGUCGUAAAGGAAGGGCGCUCCGCCUGUCAUACGAUCACAAAGGCAGUGACGAGAACGAAGGCAGACGCAUCGCAAACGCCGGAGGACUGAUUCUGAAUAACCGCGUGAAUGGCGUCUUGGCCGUCACCCGCGCCCUCGGCGAUGCGUACAUGAAGGACCUGGUAACCGGACAUCCUUACACAACAGAGACUGUCAUUCAGCCCGACCAGGAUGAGUUUAUUAUCCUGGCUUGCGAUGGUCUCUGGGAUGUUUGCUCUGACCAAGAAGCGGUGGAUCUGGUCCGCAACGUCAAAGACCCGCAAGCAGCAUCCAAGACGCUCGUCGACCACGCUCUCUCGAGGUUUUCGACCGACAACCUCUCCUGCAUGAUUGUUCGCUUCGACAAUGAGGCUUUGCUAGCAAGACAAAACGACUCGUCGAUUGGCGUGGAUGGAGACGCUCUCCACAAGAAAGGAGGCGUGAGCGAGACGGAAUCGAUUGUUGGGCAGGUAAAGAAGAAUCUUGGCGAUGUCAGCGAGACAGACUUAGAGCGAGUCAGCGGCGAGAUGAUCUUGGAGGAAGAAGAGGCAGAUGCGGGCCCUGAACUCAACCCAGAGGCGCUGAAGGCAGCGAGGAAGGACAACAAGAAGGACAAGGAACAGGAAUAA